AUGAGCGGCAUAAGACCACACAAAGGAGUCAUCGAGGACGAGGACGCCUCCACCCUCAAGUUGGGAGCAGAUUUCCAGGACGCUCAUUGUUUGUUUGUCUCUGAGGUCAAGAUCUUGCUCGACGCAUCUCAGCGCCCAAACACCUCCGAGGUCUACCAAAAGUCACUCAACUAUGUCACGCAGUUCAACCGUUUCACCAACCCCGAUGUCGUCCGUGAAGUCAGAGCUGGAAUGAACGAGGAACCAAUCCACUCGCUGUUGACUGGGUUCGAGACUGCUCAACUGGCCAACCUCUGCUGCGAGGAGGCCGAAGAAGCCAAGGCUUUGAUCCCAAGUCUUGCCAACAAGAUUGAUGACGAGACGCUUCAGAACUUCUUGAACCAGACCUUGGAUCUCAAGAAGUUCCAGACGUAA